AUGCCCAACUCACCCCAGCCAUCACCACCAUCCCAAGCAGUACAAGCACCUCCAAUCUUGCCUCCAAUCUUGAGACUAAAGUCGCGGGACUUUGCUGACACGUUUGAGCAUUUUCCAACCAACAGUAUCAUCCACUCACCGUCAUUUACGUUCCUCGUCGGACCCAAACACACCAAGUUAACCAUCCAGUCGGGCCUCGCCCAGCAUGUCUCCAAACCGCUGCACAACCUCAUGAACAAUGGCCACACCCGGGAAUCCAAGCAUCGCAUCGCUGUACUCGAAGAUGAGGAUGUCGAGACCUUUGUCGCCUUUUGCGAGUAUGCUUAUACCGGCGACUAUAAGGUGCCUCAGCUACCGGUGCCCGUGCCGGCGCCGGCGCUAGCACCCUCGCCUCGAGAGAAUACCCGAGUAGAAGUGGUAGAGAGUGUGAUGAGCCCGGGACAGUCUUGGAGAGGGACUUAUCGUUCGGACUCGGUUUCGUCGGCUGUACCACCGCCAGCUCCGUCGCCGCCACCGGGGAGUCAGACUGAUGGUCAAACUGUGAGGGCUGAGGGAGAUGUACCGCCAGUGGUUGAGGAGGAUGUCUCUGCAGAAACAGAGGCAGAGGAGCCAGCUGAAGCUGAAGCUGGACCUAAGGUAGAAGCAGAAGCAGAAGCAGAAGCAGAAGCAGUCGAGCCCGAAGCUCAGGAGCCAGCAUCUACCGAGCAAGCCCAAGAGUCACCCGGAACACAGGAGCCUGUUGAGCCUGCCGAGCCCCUCGAGCAGCCGAAGGAAACAGACUGGGCACAAUAUCAGCCGGCCGACGAGGCAUCCUGGGAAGAAGAACCGGCAUAUCCCACUUCGAAGAAGUCCAAGAAGGCCAAGGCCAAGGCAAAGAAGGCAAAAAAGAAGUCUACCCAGCAGCCUCUGGAAGAUGAACCCCCAGCAAGCUUGACACCUCCAUCCACGCCACCUCCUCCAGAGCCCGAGGUUGUCGAAAUACAACCCGAGCCUGAACCUGUGCCUGAGCCUGCGCCCGAGCCUAGCCCAGAAGCAGAGCCCGAGCCGGUGGCCGUCGAAGAUGAGGCUGUCGGGGCUGACGAAGAUGCAUGGGAAGAGGAUGCACCAGCAGAAGUAGAAGAAGAAGCGGCACCAGAACCCCCCGCCUCUCCCCUACCGUCCCCAAUGCCCUCGCCGUCUGCAGCACCCACAGAUGCUCCCGAAUGGCUUCAACCAACCUCCUAUCCUCCCCAGGAAAACGAUAACCCACCAGCGCCAAUGUCCUCAAUGUCACCUCGGACCACCUCUCGAACAAACUCACCAACCAUCAACGCACCCCCUUCCCCGAAACCCAUCAUCGACAUGUCUUUCGCAAAACAAUCCGACUCGUCCCCACGCACGCCAGGCCUCAGCCUGUGGGACGAAUUCGCUGCAUUACAAUACAACGACGACAGCGCAGUACCAUCUACCCCUAAGCCGUCAACCUCAAGAACAACUACAUCCACCGACCUCCCGUAUCUCACCUUCCACGCAAAAGUAUACGUCUUCGCAACACGGUACCUCAUCCCAGCCCUGGCCCAACUCUGUCUCCGCAAACUCCACACAGACCUCGUGCAUCUACCCCUCGGCGAUGACACCAGCGAGGAAUAUGGAGAGUCUGAUGCCGACGCCAAUCCCCCGAUUAGACCGGGUCUACCCGGUGCUCCAGCGAUAGUCCUCGACGUGCUUCGCUACGCUUACACCAAGACCACCCGCCUUGAACCGAUUAGCCCGACCUCGGCAACGCAGCUACGUGAGAACGAGCUGCGGAGAUUGGUGGUGCAUUAUGCAGCUUGUCGGGUAAAGGAAUUGGCGCGGUGGCAUGGUGGGAGUGGGAGUGGGAGUGCUACGCCGGCUGUGAGGGGUGUCGGUGUUGAUGGGACGAGGCCGGAUAGUUUGAGGGCUUUGUUGGAUGGGACGCCUGAGUUGGCGAGUGAUCUUGUUUACCGGAUGAUGUGA